UGAGUAGUUCGCGAUCAGAUUUUUUGCAACCGGAGAGGCACGCACGACCCGUACGUGAUCAUGACAAUAUUUUUCGCCCGUCAAAUCGUAAACCUCUAAGUCUUAUUUACUUGAAACGAUUUCCGUGCGUGCCUGAAACCUUCUUUUCACAAUUUUGCCGCGCGCUGAUUGAUCGCCAUUGAAGUGCUGAACUCGUUGUCGUCCAAGAUGGCGACCGCUCACGAGCCAUGGUGCGUACGGAACCAAAACCAGUUCCGCAACGAACCAGUUUGGAACUAGUUUUCAGUAGUUUUUUCACGAGCUAGCCGAGUUUCAGGCCAAUACUUGGCAAAUGUGGAUUUCGCUUGAAACCGGCGUAACGAGAGGGAAGUCUAGACUCUGAGAAUGGCCGAACAUAAUUCAAAAAACGAAAAUGACGAUAUGCUGGAAAUAAAAGUGGAACCUGCCGUUCAGUCGUAUACAGAGGUAGAACAUGGAUACGCGGAAUUUGAGAAUUCAAAUCUUAUUCCAUCGACGGCUGAUGUAGGCGCGCUGAACUUGUGGACGAGCAAAGCGACUAGCUGCCUGAUUACCCAGUACAAAAAGUACCGCUCUAUGGUUGGUCAGACAACACGAAUGAAGAGUCUGAGGGAAAUGUUUGAGAUGGUAUCGUUGGAGAUGCAGAAGUAUGGCUUCUAUUUCAGCGCCCAAAAGUGUGAAAACAAAUGGCGAGUAUUGGAACGGAAGUACAAGAAUCUAGUUUACCGUGAAAAGUUGAAAAAGCCUGGGAGAAUGAGGCACUAUGGACACUGGGAGCAUAAGAUAGCCUUGGAUGAAAUAUUCAAUGAAAGGAAACGAAAGAUGUACUUAGAUGACAAUGAUUAUUCACCGCCUGGUGCCUCGAAUAAGUUCACGUUAAUCUUGCCAAAACCAGGCGGAGAUAGCUGCAACAAUACAGUUGAGGCCAAUCAAUCUCAACCCGUCGAAGAUCCGCUGGCUGGAGCAACAGUAAAUUCUCAAAGUGCCAAGGAAUCUGAUGAAUCUGAAGACCUCCGGACCUGUUUAACCGUAAUGUUUGAAAAGUUUUUAGCAAGGAUGGACAAAAACUUUAUCACUCAACAGCAGAAUAAAGAGAGAAGACACAAGGAGAAAAUGGCAAUUCGACAAAGCGAAUUGGAGCUACAAAAGAAACUGUUCAAAUUAAAGGAACAGAAAAUGGCUCUAAAGAAAAGUCAACUGUUAGCUGCAGCUCAACAUGUCCAUCUAAAUAUGGAAUGAAAACCAGGAAAAUUGACAUUUCAUACGCUCAACAAAUCUACGUUUUUGUACAUUGAAGAACAAGUCUUUCUUUGUACAUCAAAUUCUGCAUUCAGCACCGAAAUUCAAUCUCUGAUAUAAGUUACCACUGCUCCAACAAUGAAAAACUACGCUUCUAGUGAUAAGUGUGUAAUCCGAUUGCGGCAAUGUGAUUUUAAAGUGGUAUCAAAAAUUAAUUUAUUAGUUAUUAAUUACUUUAAUAACUGUUACGAUGAAUUUCAUUGAUAUUUAUAAAGUUUUGUAUACAUUCCCUGCAAACGUGUGUAUACGAUUUUCAUUUACGUUUAUUGUACAGUUAUUGAUCAAUCUAAACAAAUAGUCAUAAUCAACUUCAAUUUAAUUGUCCGCUGGUUUUUCUUCGAUAGCAUGUUACUCUAGGUAAGCGGAUCUACAAUUAUGACCUUACCAGCAAACUAACGUAGUUAAUUCUAUUUAUUCUGUGUUUUAUAAAUAGUUUUGCACUGGCAUUAUCAUUUAUUUGCGAAUGACUAUAAUGUAUGUAUGUACGUUGACAAAACAUUGUCAUGACUAGCGCUAUUAUAUAUAUUAUACAUGCGCAAGGCAGGGCAUCCUAGUAAUACAGUACAACGGAGUAUCUCAAAGUUAUCUAGUAUUUAGAGCUGUCAUCAAAAUACUCCUUUUUUUAUACAAAUAAAUUCUUUAUUACUUCA